CCUUCUGUUAUUCAGAGUGCAUUAUGUUUCUUCUAUCCUCUCUAUCUCUAAGAAACCCCAGUCCAAGAGUGGAUUUGGCCCAUGUCCUUGAACGUUCUCUCUUCUCUGCUGCUUCAGGCCUCUCUCAAACUGGCUCAAAGCCUCAGCCAGUCAACCUCCUUUCUCUUCCUUCAAAAUUUUUGUUCAUUAUCUGUUUCAUUUAUGUUUCCUAACAAAGAAAUCUGAUCUAUCUUCUCCACACAACCCAAAAGAUGCUCUCUUGCUUUUCUUUCUGAAAGCUUCUGAUUAUUUUCAAUGCUGUCAAUAUUUCCUUCCUAAUCAAUCCUCCAACAAGCUAAAAUAUAUAUAAUAUGCAAUCGUGUGUCACACCCAUAUACCCAGCUUCACUUUUCCCGCCAAAGUCUCACUCUUUCCACACAAAACUCCAGUUUUUCCCGGCAAAAAAUCCAGUUCUUGUGGGGAGUUGUUACUUUUGCUGGCCUAGAAUGGCUUCUCUUUGUGGGUUUAGUGUAAAAUCGCAAAUGGUUACUUCUGCUGGUGUGGAUAAUGGGUUUUCUACGCUGGUGGAAUAUAUGGGCAAGGGAGGAAUUAAUGUGGGGGAUGAUUUGGUGGUCUUGUUUAGUCAUAUACAGUAUGCUUCCAAGAGAAUUGCAGCUCUUGUGGCGUCUCCUUUCAAUUCCAGUCUCGGUAAACAAAGUAACAUUGCUGGUGCUGGCAGUGGCUCAGAUAGGGAUGCACCAAAGCCUCUCGAUAUAGUCUCGAAUGAAAUAAUGUUGUCUUCUCUUCAAAAUUCUGGAAAAGUGGCUGUCAUGGCAUCAGAAGAAGAUGAUGCUCCAAUUUGGAUAGAUGAUGAUGGUCCUUUUGUGGUGGUAACAGAUCCCCUGGAUGGUUAUCGAAAUAUUGAUGCAUCCAUUCCUACGGGAACAAUUUUUGGGGUAUAUGAACGCUUUGUAGAACUGGAUCAUCUACCUCAGGAGGAGAAGGCUACGUUGAAUUCACUUCAGAGUGGAACUAGGCUUGUGGCAGCUGGUUAUGUGCUCUAUUCAUCAGCCACAAUACUCUGUGUCAGCUUUGGUUCUGGAACACAUGCGUUUACACUGGAUCAUUCAACGGGAGACUUCAUUCUCACUCACCCAGGCAUUAAGAUUCCUCCUCAAGGGCAAAUCUAUUCUGUAAAUGAUGCACGAUAUUUUGACUGGCCUGAAGGAUUGAGGAGAUAUAUUGACACUGUUAGGCAAGGAAAAGGAAAAUACCCUAAGAAGUACUCUGCCCGUUAUAUAUGUUCCCUUGUCGCUGAUUUUCAUCGGACAUUGAUGUAUGGUGGAGUGGCAAUGAACCCACGGGACCAUCUUCGUCUAGUAUACGAGGCAAAUCCUCUUAGUUUUCUUGUGGAGCAGGCUGGAGGCAGAGGUUCUGAUGGUAAAGUUAGAAUUCUUUCAUUGCAACCUGUCAUGCUGCAUCAGAGACUUCCCUUAUUUCUAGGAAGCCUAGAGGACAUGGAAGAGCUAGAGAGUUAUGGAGAUGUUCAACAAAAAGUAAAUCCUGGAUAUGAAGUCUGACGCUCUUGUGUGAUGUGGAUUGAUUUAUGUUGAUAUUCUGUUGGGAUCCUACAAUUUUCAAGUCUACUUGUAUUUAACCAUUCCAACCCUUGAUACACAUGAUACUCAUCUUCUUUUCUUAACAGCUUGCAGAGUUUUGACAUGAAAUGCUGGAAGAUGAUGUGGAUAUCUUAAUCCUUAUUCAUGUUCUUGAUCAUUUUGUCAUGUAAAGAGUGAUUCUUCUAAUUUUACAAUUGUAUACCUCCCUAUGUAUACAUCACUAGGUUGACUACUGAUUUGAACUUGUAUAAAACAUACCUUUUUCUGUUUGAACUUUAAUGAUAAUCAAAUUUAUACAUUCAUCACAA